AUGGAGGCCAAACAGCACCAGAUCAAAAGCCUGAAGAGCUACCCCGAGCCCAGCGGUCGGAGUCUGGCAGCAGCUGCCGGGGCAGGGCACGGUUCGGCGGAAAUGGAUAUGGAGGCAAAGAUACAGAAAGCUAUCGACUUUAAACUGGAGGGUCAUCGCUGUUAUAAAGAAAAGAAAUUUCGGGAAGCGAUAGGUAAAUACCACCGUGCACUGCUGCAGCUCAAAGGUGUGCAUGUGGCUGACAACACCACAGGCUCGGAGGUUAACCUACUGAACCAAGCGGCGGCGGCCAAGCUAAGCGAGGAGCAGCGCUCCGCCGUGAAGAGCACGGAGAUCGAGUGCUACGACAGCCUCACAGCAUGCCUGUUGCAGUCAGAGCUGGUGAACUAUGAGAGAGUGAAGGAGUACUGCCUAAAGGUGCUGAGUCAUCAGAGGGACCACUUCAAGGCCAUGUAUCGAGCUGGCAUUGCCUUCUAUCACCUGGGAGACUAUGAAUGUGCCCUGCGCUACCUGCGUGAGGCCAAGAACCGGGAACCAACAGACACCAACGUGCUCCGAUACAUCCAGCUGACAGAGAUGAAGAUGAGCAAAUACGGACAGCGGGAGAUUGGCAAAGAGACCCCAGCUAACCCUUGA